AGUGCACGCCCUGUACGUAAGCCCGCUGGCUGCCUCCACGCUGUCCUCCUGCCGUAACGCCUUACCUGUUGUCCUUCCUUGCCCAGGACUUCUCUAGGGACCAGCCUGUAGCGGUGUGGUGGUUUAGUAUCGCCGCAGUGCCUCGCCACACACAAGGAACGGCACAGGGUUCAUGCAGGAGUCAUGCCGGGCGAGGCGGAAGUGACAUGCGGGCACAUGUGUUGACGAAGAUUCCUUACCAGUCUUAAUCUUGAGCCUCAGUCCUCCUGCUGGGGACGCCCUUGAGGUUACCGCAGCAAACUUGGCCUCAGUCUGUAGUUGGCGCUGGCUGUGGUGGCGGUGGUGGUGGCGGCGGCCGUACCCGCCUGAUAGCCGUUAUCACCGCUGGUGCUGUUCCCCGUCGGUGCUCACAAGCCGCGUCCGUCAGUUAGCGAGGAAGCGUGAGUCCCUACAACACACCGCCGCCUGGCUCAUCACCACGAUCACUGCCAUCCACGCCGCGGUUCCACCACGGACUUCGAAACCCAGCAGUGUUUGUCUCUGUGACUGUGGGUGUAUUGCGUGACCAGUCGAGUGGUCGGACUGUGAGCGACGUCGUGAGUGACGCCAGAAGCAGAGCCUGAAGGGCAGCGUGAACUUAGUGGCGGCGGCGCGAGGCAUGGGGCGCGGGUGAGUGCGGUGCACACCAGAAGGCAGCGGCACCCCAGCGAUGACCUGCAUCUGUGAGUCAACGUGGCGCGCGCUGUGUGCCCUGAAGGAGACCCUGACGCGCCCCUGCUCUUCCGCGGGAGACGACCAGCCUCUGGCAAAUUCUUGCAACGACUCCAAUGUCUCCACUACGUCUUCCAACUACAACCUUCAAGACCAUGUCAUCGAGAGAGACCUGGGCCUCUCCAACCAGGGCUUCCAGGGAGACGCCUUCUCUGAUGGGCGCCUCGUUCUUAACUUCCUCGACCCGGUCACCGAGGAGCCCCACGGGGACAGCGGCCACUGGACCAACCACAGUGAGUUUACCGAGGUGGACCUUGGCGAUGGACCAGCCCCUGACUGUGUGGACAGCGGCCCCCGGCCCCCUGAGGACGGCCGCACAGACUCCGGCAGCACGACACUGGAGUCUGGCUACGGCCGCUCCCUGGACGACAGCAACAGCUCAUCGUCGCCGGAGCCGUCGGUAGCCGUGGCUUACCAUGGCAGCACUCCCAACCAUGGCGUGUUCAAGGUGGUGGUGGAGGACGUCAAGAGGUGCUGGUUCGUGCUGCGUCGCUACAAUGAAUUCCUCUCCCUUCACCGCACCAUCAUGUCCAAGGUGAGCCAAGCGAGCGUGGACCUGCCAGCGGAGGACACAGCCACCUGUCAGAACCUGAACCUCUUCAUCCAGAACGUGAUGACAGAUUCCAGGACCGCCAAUAUACCUGAGGUGCGGGACUUCCUUCAGCUUGACCGCUUCAGGGACUCCACCAGCAGCAGCGGGUCUAGCGGCGCCAACUCCACGCCCUCAGUGGUUUACAACCCUCAGUUCCUCAUGCCGCCCGGAGCACCCAUCCCGCCCAGGAAGCCACUGCCCGGGAAGGCGGUGGGUCGCUCAGAGGACUCCGACCGCCGCUCAUCCUCCCUCGAAACUCAGCAGAGCAUCGACCUGGGCUGUGAGAAGAAGACACUCUCGCCCUCCGACUUCGAGUUCCUGACGGUGGUGGGCAAGGGCAGCUUCGGCAAGGUGAUGCUCGCUCGCUACCAUGAGGACAACAAGGUGUACGCUGUCAAGGUGCUGAACAAGAAGCUGAUCGUGAGGAGGAACGAGACGGCCCACGUGCUGAGCGAGCGGUCGGUGCUGAUCAAGAUGCUGAACCACCCCUAUCUGGUGCAGCUCCACUUCGCCUUCACCACCGCCCACAAGAUAUUCUUCGUGCUGGACUAUGUGAACGGCGGCGAGCUGUUCUUCCACCUGCAGCGGGAUAGAGUGUUCUCGGAGGCACGGGCGAGGUUCUAUGCGGCUGAGAUUUGCUGCGCCCUCUCCUAUAUGCACAGUAAAGGCAUCGUGUACCGGGACCUGAAGCCUGAGAACAUCCUCCUGGACGCCGAGGGCCACGUAGUGCUGACGGACUUCGGGCUGUGCAAGGAGGGACUCGUCAAUCCCUCAGCCAGGACCAACACCUUCUGCGGCACCCCGGAGUACCUGGCGCCGGAGAUCCUGAAAAAGCAGCCGUACUCCCGCGCCGUGGACUGGUGGACGCUCGGGGCCGUGCUGUACGAGAUGCAGUACGGCCUCCCGCCCUUCUACUCCCGCGACACACCGGUCAUGUACGACGCCAUUCUCAACAAGCCGCUCAAGCUGAAGCCCUCGGCCACGCAGAAGGCCCGCACGCUGCUGCAAGGACUGCUGCAGAAGGAGCCAAGCGAUCGCCUGGGAUCUGGGGCGCGGGACGGCGAGGAGGUGAAGGAGCAGGAGUUCUUCAGGAAUGUUGACUGGGACCAGGUGGCGAGACGGGCGGUGUCUCCUCCUUUUGUUCCCGUGGUGAACGGCCCGGCGGACACGCGCAACGUGGACCCAACCUUCACCAAGGAGGCCGUGAUGGGACAGUCGCCCCCCACCGCCUCCCCCAACGUGCUCUCCGCCUCCGUCAAAGCCGUCGACCACGUUUUCCAGGGCUUCAGCUACGCGCCGCCACUCGAGAUCGAAGUCCAGUGAAGUUUUAAAUCCGUGGUACAUGCAUGGUAGUGUCUGGCAACUGUGGGCACCUGGAACAAAUUGCUACAGUCUCGGUGCCUGGAACGUGGUCCCUGGGACGUGAAGUGCCUGGGAUGUCCGUGAUGGCGCCGCGCAUUGAAUCGGUCUUAAUGUGAUUCCAUGUGGCGCCUGGAGAGUCAGGUUCGGUGGUUUUUGGUAACUAGUCAGUAUAGUGUAGCGUCUGAAGGGAGGACUGCAGUGACGUUGUCCUUCUGCAGGCGGUGAUGGCAAAUAAUUGAAACAUCUACAUGCAGAGAAAAAAACAAUACAUGAUGUAUUCUUCUGUAGUGUUUGCAAGGAGGAAGAAGCAAGAAGUGGUGAGAGUGUAGGAGGAAGAGGAGGGUCAAUCUCCGUGCUGGUGAAGGAAAGGGGAUGGACUUGUAACAAUAUUAUUUAUUCGUUAGCAUUCCUUUCUUACCGUCUCCCUCCACGUGCGUGUCUCGGGACAAUGAAACGAUUUCCUGUGCCUCCUCGUGUCCCUGGAGAGGUCUGGAGCGCCCCACCAGUGUAACCGAAGAAGGGAGGGCCACACGCUGCUGAGCAAAGACUCCGAAGGAGCCAAGCGUUGCAACCAGCCGAGUGGAGGUGGGCGGGAAAGCGUGGUUGGCCGAGUGUCUGUGAUACGUGGGUGGCUCCUCGCGCCCCCGACGGAGUUGUCUUGAAGGUGCUGUCCAUGCCGGGACAGGCGGGGCGGGGCGGGGCGGGGCAGGGAGGGUGCGUGGGGCUUCUGUUCUUGUAUGUAAAUAAAUGCCGCAGCCGGUGAUUAAUAAAGUAUUUUUGAAGUUAAAA